GUUGUGACGACUUGUUAAUCGUUGUCGGCGUAAUCAUGGCGGCGACCUCGUCACGGGUGGACGAACUGGUGCAAUCUGUCAGCCUGUACAAUCCACGGAAAUGGAUGUUCAACGGUUACAUCCUCCCUUUCGUGAUGCUGCAGUCCCUAUGGAUCUACUGUUGGAUCUUUGUUUACGGCGUCGAUGAGUACUAUGACGCAGGCCUGGUAGGCAUCGCGGCGAUCGGUGUACUGCAGAUUUUUCUGUGCUUGUGCUGUCAAUGGUCGGUGCACAUCCACACGUUCAUAAAUUGCAGCUCGGAAAAAGAUCCAUGCAAAGCCCGAAUAGUCAAAGUGGUUCCUACUCCAAACAACGGGAGCUCGGAGCUGAUUUCAUUGCAUCACUCGAAUCAGCAAGAACCUUGGUUCAUUUUUCAAAAGACAAAAUACUACUGGGAUCCAGACAGGAAGUCAUUCAGAGGAUUGCAGUUCCCGGUUAAUCAUUCCGUGAAACAUUAUUGUGAAUGGAAAGGCUAUCUUGAUCAAAAGGAAGUUGAGGCAGCGGAAGAAAAAUAUGGGAAAAACAAGUUGGACAUGGUUGUACCCGAAUUCUGGGAACUCUUUAAAGAGCGUGCUAUUGCUCCGUUCUUUGUUUUUCAAGUAUUCUGCGUAGCACUCUGGUGCUUAGAUAAAUAUUGGUAUUAUAGUAUCUUCACACUGAUCAUGCUUAUCAUGUUCGAAUGUACACUAGUGCAACAACAGCUAAGGAAUAUGGCCGAGAUUCGUAAAAUGGGCAAUAAACCGUAUAUGAUACUGGUAUACAGAAAUAGGCGAUGGCGCCCAUUGCUUACAGACCAACUAGUUCCUGGGGAUAUUGUCUCCAUUACAAGGCCUCAACAUGAUAAUAUAGUGCCAUGCGAUAUGUUGCUUUUGCGAGGCCCAUGCGUGGUUGACGAAAGCAUGUUAACAGGUGAAUCUGUGCCUCAAAUGAAGGAACCUAUAGAAGAUAUAGAUGGAAGUAGAACUAUAGACAUCGAAGCAGAUAAACUUCACAUACUUUUCGGUGGUACAAAAGUUGUACAGCAUACACCUCCUAGCAAAAAUAUCCCCGGUCUUCGAGCGACCGAUAAUGGAUGCAUUGCCUACGUACUGCGUACUGGCUUUUCCACGUCACAGGGGAAACUUUUAAGAACGAUAUUGUUUGGCGUUAAACGCGUUACAGCCAAUAACUUGGAAACUUUCGGUUUUAUUUUAUUUUUGCUUAUUUUUGCAAUUGCCGCCGCUGCAUACGUUUGGAUCAAAGGUAGCGAGGAUCCUACGAGGAACAAGUACAAACUAUUUUUGGAGUGCACACUGAUUUUGACGUCCGUUAUACCACCAGAGUUACCUAUAGAAUUGUCUCUGGCUGUAAAUACAUCACUGGUAGCGCUAUCCAAAUUAGGUGUAUUCUGCACGGAACCGUUCAGAAUUCCAUUCGCCGGCAAAGUCGACAUUUGUUGUUUCGACAAGACCGGAACGCUUACCAGCGAUAAUUUGGUUAUCGAGGGUAUCGCGGGUAUCAACGGCAAGUCGGAUGUGAUUCAAAUAUCGGAUGCACCUUUAGAGAGUAUUCAAGUACUCGCCACGUGCCAUUCUCUCGUUCAAUUAGAUGACGGUAUCGUUGGAGAUCCGUUAGAAAAGGCUACUCUCAAAGCCAUCAACUGGAAUCUCACGAAAAGUGAUUCUGUAAUUCCUAAAAAGGGAAAAUCUCCAGCAUUGAAGAUUGUACAAAGAUAUCAUUUUUCAUCGGCUCUGAAAAGAAUGUGCGUGGUAGCUGGACAUCUUUCUGGAGCUUCAGAGGUGCAUUACAUGGCUGCCGUAAAAGGGGCGCCAGAAACCCUGAAGAACAUGUUCUCUUCUGUACCGGACAAUUAUGAUUCAACUUACUUGUCUCUUUCACGGCGCGGUGCAAGAGUGCUCGCUUUGGGAUAUCGAAAACUUACUGGCAGCUUAUCCUCUCAAGACUUAAGAGAACUAACUCGUGAAAAGUUAGAGAACAAUCUUACGUUUGCGGGAUUUGUCAUCAUCAGCUGUCCUCUCAAACCUGAUUCGAAAGCCGUUAUUAAAGAGAUUGUCAAUUCAUCGCAUUCGGUUGUAAUGAUAACGGGUGACAAUCCCUUGACGGCUUGUCAUGUAAGUCGCGAGCUACAUUUUACGAAGAAGCCCAGUACGCUUAUACUGACUGAAAAUGAUAAUACAUGGGUGUGGGAAAGUAUAGACAAGAUGACGCAAUUUCCUCUAAGUAUAAAAAAUGUUGAAUGGCGCAAAGAGAUCUGGAAGGAUAAUACACUUUGCGUGACGGGUGAAGGUUUAUCAUAUCUGAAGGAAAAGCAACGGGAGCUUCUUUGGAAGCUCUUGCCGCAUGUCGUAAUUUUUGCGCGAUGCGCACCGAAGCAAAAGGAAUUCAUUAUCAUAUCGCUACAAUCUUUAGGCUAUACGACGUUGAUGUGUGGUGACGGGACGAACGAUGUCGGAGCGUUGAAACACACGCAAGUGGGUGUCGCAAUUCUAUCCAGUCCACCUGAAAAACUGCUUAGUGACAAGCGAGAAGAUCAAAGAACUAAUACUUUGAUAUCGCCCAUAAACAACGGACCAAGAAACAAUCCGAGAGUCGCACCAAUGAGCACCAAUGCAAAGCUGCAGAAGAUCCUGAAGGAGAUUGAUAACGAGGAGUCCGUGAUUGUGAAACUCGGCGACGCUUCUAUCGCGGCUCCUUUCACUAGCAAAAUGUCAUCCAUUCAAUGCAUAUGUCACGUGAUCAAGCAAGGCCGCUGCACUCUGGUCACCACCCUGCAGAUGUUCAAAAUACUGGCGUUGAAUGCACUGAUACUCGCUUACAGUCAGUCAGUGUUGUAUCUGGAUGGAAUCAAGUUCAGUGAUGCGCAGGCGACUUUGCAGGGUGUCCUACUGGCGGCAUGUUUUCUCUUCAUCUCACGAUCGAAACCGCUGAAAAGUCUGUCGCAGCAAAGACCGCUACCAAACAUCUUCAAUUUAUACACUAUCGCAACUGUGUUAUUGCAGUUUGCUGUACAUUUCAUCUGUCUCGUCUACUUGGUGAAAGAAGCUACCAUUUUAUCUCCGAAAGACGAUAAGUUGGCAGCCAUCUUGAACACUUCCAAUGAAGCGAAUUCAUUAGGAGGAAAUGACAGCAGCGAGGAAGAACCCUUUGAGGCGAAUUUAAUUAACAGUACUGUGUACAUAAUCGCAAUGUCUCUUCAGGUUUCUACUUUUGCUAUAAAUUAUCGAGGUCAGCCAUUUAUGGAAAGUUUGACACAAAAUAAAGCUCUUUUGUUCAGUCUCGUGAGCAACUCUACUAUCAUUUUAUUACUAGCUUGUGGAUUUUUGCCGGAUUUGGCGGUGCAGUUCGAGAUUGUAGACUUUCCAAGCCAAUUCCGUACGAUACUGGUUCAAACACUAGUCGCGGAUUUUGUCUUCGCGUACAUAGUCGACAGAGCUUGCUUAUGGCUCUUUGGCGAAGGAAGACAGCACAAACUGUGAUGAAACUACUUUUUUAUGAAUUACAGACUGUAUCAAAGAUUUUUUUUUUUUCCAUGUAAUUUUUGUUACUGAUCUUGUUCCACGUUAAGAGCUGACAAUUUUAUAUUUAAGGAUCGAUGAUGUACCUGUGAAUACCACAUGAAUUAUUUGUUUCCAAGUGCAUUUUGUAUUUAAUAUCAGUACGUUUUUCUUUUUUUUUUGAUUCAUUCGUAUGUUGUAUACAAAAAUGUAAUGUGAAAAUAUAAAUAUGUGCAUCCAAUCAUUAUUCGCUUAAUUAUUCACUCUAUGCUGUCAACUUCUUCUUCGUGGAACAAGAAACACCGCUCUGGCGAUCAUUAUUUAUUGUCGAUAAAGAUACUAAUAUUAAUAUUGUUCCACAAUUACUUUGGUCGAUAAUUAUUUUGAUAAUUUGGUCAGUAUUGCUUUUAUAUAUUUAUUGAUGCGGAAUAAUUUCAUGGAUAAUUUAAUAUUUCGUCAAUAUUUUAACAACAAAUAUUGAUCGCUUGAAAAAAGAUGCGCGUGCACGUGUACAUACAUAACUUGUAGAUAAACGAUUCUACUUGUUUUCACAGUGCAAUAUUCGCACUUGGUGCAAGUUUUGAACACACAGACGUAUACACAUAUAAAUUUAUAUACACAGAUUUAUAUAAAUUUAUAUAGAUAUAUUUUCUACACGCACACAGAAAGCUGAUGGUUGUAAUUUGAACUCAUUCGUGAUAAAUGGACGAAACGUGAAAUUACACGUAUAACUUUGUAAUUUUAACGAUAUUGGAUACGUAGCAGUUUUCUACAUCGACAAUUACAUUCCACUCCGAUGAUGAUGAUGAUGCAUAAUGCGUGACAUGUUUACAUUUCACGAAUUUGCAAUUUAUGCGUUUUUUUUAGUUCUCAGAUUUUAUUAGAAGUGUGUAAUUAAUGCUCAUGUCUCGCUAGAUCUGCGAAAAAAAUAAAUAAAUAACGCGAAAGAACUUUUAUUUCGUGACUCGAACUAAGCAUGGUUGUAUAUUAUUGUAUAUUUAUAAUGAUACUAAUAAAAAAAUGUU